CCGGGACAAGCCCGAUUUGAUCCCCGCCAGCAGCUGCGUGGCCUCCCGCUCCAAGCGGCCGGAUUUUGUCUGGAUGACAAAUUGUUGAGGAAACUUUGCUGGUGGUCCCCCCCGAUCCGAUCACCAAGGUAAGAAGGGAACAAGGAGAUGAGGGAAUAAGGAAAAGGGAGAAGGAGGCAGACUUUCCAUCACUGCCCCUGUGGAGCUGCAGCAGGGACGAGCCUACCAGCUGUGAUUUCUUGUCGUGAGAAAGGCAGAGCUGCGAGGAAACGCAGGAAUGAGUCUACUGAGAGGUUUCUCCUGGCUUUUGAUAUUCCUCUAUGCAGGUGUAGAUGGUGCAAAGGUCGACAAUGUGUCGUUUCAAAUCUGUCGACAUCCAUGUGAGGACCUGGUGAUUUUGCUGACUGAGAUCCAGGGCCUGCGUCUUGUGACGAACAACCUGCUCGAAGAUCUGGAAAGAGUAUUAAAAGAAAAUGAAGAGAUGCGCUUAUCUUUGGCAGACCUGAGCAACAGCAGCAAUGGAGACAGCAGUGAUGGCAAUGAUCUUGACAGAGACAGAGGCAGAGACAGAGACCGAGAGCUGUGGUGUGUGCAGGAUGGACGAGUGUAUGAGCAGGGAGAGGACUGGGAGGUUGACAGCUGCACCUCCUGUACAUGCCAGGAUGGAGAGGCAGUGUGUCGGCAGGUGUCUUGCGCUCCUGUAUCCUGCAUAAAUCCAUCCUUUAUUGAUGAAAAGUGCUGCCCUGUCUGUCUCGAUAACAAAGAUGGCUGGUCCCCAUGGUCUGAGUGGACCCACUGUUCUGUCUCCUGUGGACGUGGAGGGCAGCAAAGGGGCCGAUCGUGUAACAGCAUCAUGCCGUCCUGUGCCGGUCCAUCGGUUCAAACCCGCAGCUGCAUGCCAAUGAAGUGUGACCGCAAGGUGCACCUCGAAGGGAACUGGGGCCAUUGGUCGCCUUGGUCUGCGUGUACAACCACAUGUGGAGAAGGAAGCAUCACGCGUGUACGUCUGUGCAACAACCCUCCGCCAGUGAAAGGCAGCAGAGGGUGCUCAGGCAGCGCCAGAGAGACACAACCGUGCAACAACACACUCUGCCCCAUUGCUGGAGGCUGGACAGGCUGGACUGAAUGGUCACUGUGCUCAGAAUCUUGUGGAGGAGGCCUUUCAAGUCGCCAGAGAGAGUGUUUGAAACCUGCCCCACAGAAUGGUGGGAAGCCUUGUGCCGGAGACACUGUAGACUACGAAGCAUGUAACAAACAACCGUGUCCUAUAGACAUGUGCUUGUUGUCAAAUCCAUGUUUUCCUGGUGUGGCGUGCACAUCACGCAGCGAGGGAUCAUGGGAAUGUGGACAAUGUCCGUUGGGUUUACAAGGCAAUGGCACUCACUGUGAAGAUGUAAAUGAGUGUGAAGUGGACGGUGUGUGUGUUACAGAGUGUGUAAACACAGACCCUGGGUUCUACUGUCUGCCCUGUCCUCCUCGAUAUAAAGGCACACAGCCAUACGGCCUUGGACUACAAGAAGCCCUGAAAACCACUCAGGUGUGUGAGCCAUACAAUCCUUGCAAAGAUAACACACACACCUGCCACAAGUAUGCUGCGUGCGUGUACCUGGGCCUGGCCUCUGAGGUUUUGUACAGGUGUGUGUGUGCUGUCGGAUUUGCUGGUGAUGGCUUUUUGUGCGGCGAGGACUCUGACCUGGACGGUUGGCCCAACAACAGACUGACCUGCAAGAAAAAUGCCACCUAUCACUGUCAGAAGGAUAAUUGCCCAAUGUUGCCAAACUCUGGACAAGAAGACCUGGACAAAGACGGACAAGGAGAUGCCUGUGAUCCUGAUGACGACAAUGACAGCAUCAUAGAUGAGAGGGACAACUGCCCACUGGUGUUCAACCCGCGGCAGUAUGACUCAGACAGAGACGGCGUUGGGGACAGCUGUGAUAACUGUCCGUUUGAGAGCAACCCACUGCAGAGAGACACCGAUAACAACGGAGAGGGAGACGCUUGCAGCAUUGACAUUGAUGGAGAUGAGGUUCUGAAUGACCGCGACAACUGUCCCUCAGUCUACAACACUGACCAGAGGGACACAGAUAUGGACGGUGUUGGAGACCAGUGUGACAACUGUCCCCUUCUACACAACCCACUGCAGCUGGACUCUGACAGUGACCUGGUUGGGGACAUGUGCGAUGACAAUGAGGACAUUGAUGAGGACGGCCACCAGAACUCUCUGGACAACUGUCCCUAUGUUGCCAACAGCAACCAGGCCGACCACGAUAAAGAUGGGAAGGGAGAUGCGUGUGACCACGAUGAUGACAAUGACGGAAUCCCAGACGAUCGUGACAACUGCAGACUGGUGUCCAACAGGGACCAGAUGGACACUGAUGGUGACGGCAGUGGAGAAGCCUGUUUUGAUGACUUUGACAAUGACACUAUUCCAGACGCGCUGGAUCCCUGUCCACUGAACCAGGAUAUUGGUUCUACAGACUUCAAGAAGUUUCAGGUUGUUUUACUGGACCCUAAAGGCACAACGCAGUCUGACCCCCUGUGGGUGAUCCGCAGCCAGGGCACAGAGCUGCUGCAGACGGCCAACUCGGACCCUGGAAUCGCUCUCGGAUAUGACAAGUUCAGUGCUGUCGACUUCAGUGUGACAUUUUAUGUGAACACCAACCGAGAUGAUGACUACGCCGGCCUUGUGUUCGCCUACCAGUCCAGCCAACGCUUCUAUGUUGUGAUGUGGAAACAGGUGUCGCAGGCCUACUGGGAGAAAAAGCCCUCUAAAGCUUUUGGCACAGCGGGAGUUUCCAUUAAACUGGUCAACUCCAGCACAGGACCUGGGGAGUAUCUACGCAAUGCACUCUGGCACACCGGAAAUACCAGAGACCAGGUCAGAACACUGUGGCAUGACCCCAAUAAAACUGGAUGGAGGGACUACACAGCUUACCGCAUGCACCUGAUUCACAGACCCAAGACCGGGUUCAUCAGGGUGGUGGUGUAUGAGGGCAGGGAGAUUUUGACUGAUUCAGGAGCAGUGUAUGACCACACACUGGCUGGAGGCAGACUGGGAUUGUUUGUCUUCUCUCAGGAGCGCGUCCUCUUCUCAGACCUCAGAUAUGAGUGUAGAGAUAACUGAUGUGUUUUGCUAAAAAUAUUCAGAAAAAAGCUUCAACAUCCCUCCAGAGAUGCACACAGAAAAUCUUAAGACAACUGAGAUGCACCAGACGCAGCCAAGCCUGUCAGUUAGUGGCAAUCAUCUAGCAGCUUUUUAUGCAGCAGCAUUGAUUUCAGACUGUCUCAUUCGCUGUAUGUAACUGUGGACUCUGACAGCAUCUCUAAUGAAACUCAUUCUCACUGCUUCCAUUUGUGCUUUCCUUAAAGUUGUAAAUAAUUAUUUAUUGUCAGAUACCCGGUGUGACAGAGAGACGUGCGAGGACGACGGAGAAAGUGGAACAAAUGUCUGGUAUCUUAAUAAUAAAAUACAGUUUUUAUCCAGUU